AGAGGAAAAGAAGAGGCAGAAGAAGCAGAAGAAAAAGAAAGUACCUGUAGCAGCAGUAACAAUGGCCUGUUUCCGUGGUAACCGAGAGGAAUUUUAUGGGGAGGUGCUGCUAUUGGAUGAGAAGAAGAUCACGCUUAUGGCCGAGCAAGGCAUCAAGAAAUCUUCAAAAGCGGCAGCCAUCUUGCAGCAGGUAUUCUCUCACCUGCGCCUGGUCGAGGUCGAAUUCUUUGGUUUGAGGUUCUGUGACAACAAACAACAGACGAACUGGUUGGAUCCUUCAAAAACUCUUUCACAACAUCGAGACCUCACUGGGCCACCAUAUAUUUUCUACUUUGGUGUCAAAUUUUACACUGAGGAUCCGUCAAAACUGAAAGACGAGACUACUCGGUAUCAGUUUUACCUGCAGGUCUGUCAGGAUGUCCGUCGAGGUCGUCUGCCAGUACCCGCCCACCUCAGGCCACGCCUCGCUGCUCUGAUGCUACUUGCGGAGCAGGAAGAUCACAGCGAGCUGAAGUUUGAUUCCGAGGAACAUCAGGAAAUACGACACAUCUACAAAACACUCAGAGGUGUCUCUCGUCCUGUGGCUCAGCAUCACUUCCUGUCCCUCUGCAGCUCUCUGCAGAUGUUUGGAGUCUCUCUGUUUGUUGCCUAUGGUGAGAAUCAAACUGAGUAUUUCCUGGGUCCAACUCCAGUGGGUGUGGUCAUCUAUAAGAACAAAGUGCUGGUGGGGAAAUAUUUCUGGCAGAGGAUCAUCAAGCUUCACUUCAAAGAGGAGACGUUUGAGCUCCGGGUCAGCGGAAAGAGGGGUUCAGAGACGUCAUUCUUCUUUCAGACGUCAGAUCGAUCCGAUUGUAAGCGUUUGUGGAAGUGCUGUGUCCAACACCACAUCUUCUUCAGGAUGUCUGAGUCCAGACCAUCAACACACACACUGAAACACGACAGUAUUGCUCGUUCUCCCACUCUGGCUUUUCCUCGGCUGAACAUUGGUGGACUGAGAAUCAAAUCCAUCAACAACAAAACAGCAGAUGUCUGUAUGAGAGCAAAAAAUCGCACCAAUCAGACAUCGAGAGUUGCCAGUGAACCGAUAAUGAUGCAUACAGCGCCAUCUGCUGUUCACAGGUCGGAAGGUGGAGCAGAGCAGGACAAUGUGAAGCCCAGUGCACCAUGGGAAAACAGCGGCUCUCUGAAUGGCCUUUUCAACCUGAGGUUUCCUCCGAACACCGAAGAAGAGGAAGAUGAUAAGGGAGGAAGACCACAGAGGCGAAGCAGAAGUCUGGAUGGAGAUCGACCAAUGAGACGGAGGGGGAGGAGGUCUCAUUCCCAUGGCAACACAAGCAGUGGCAGCGAAUCAGAGAAAAUGGAGAGUCAUAGCACCCGAUGCAGAAGAAGAACAAAGAAGCGUUCUGAUUCCACCUGCCGCUGCCGUGCCAGAUCACGGAGUCCCAGUGCCCUUGCAUGGAAACACAUCCAGAAGCAGCUGGUGGAGCCUGAUGGUUUGAUGGAAAGACAAACAGAGGAAAUACCUUAUAAGGAAGUAAGAGUCUCAGAACAAAUCAGAAUGCAUCGUUCUCCAAGGGGGCGGCGACAUCAUCGGUGGGCAUCAGCUACAGACCUCCAUUUAAAGAUUGAGUUGGUACCUCCUCUUCCUGUUACCAAGGCAAAUGACACUUCCUGUUAAUAAGCCACACAUCUGUGAGGCAGCUGCUACAUCUUUAUCCACAAUUCAUUGCUCACAGUAAAAGCCCUAGCCCUGUGUGUGUGUGUACAUACAGUAAAUUACAAAGUAGUUUAUAUUGUUUAUGUGACUGUACAAGUUUUCAGAUUGAAUAUGAAUUAUUAUUAUUACUAUUAUUAUCAUUAUCAUUAUUAUUAUUAUUAUUAUUAUUAUUAUUAUUAUUAUUAUUAUUAUUAUUAAUAAUAAUAAUAAUAAUAAUAAUAAUAAUAAUAAUAAUACAUUAAAUAUGACUAUGAAAUAUUAUGUUCACAUUCAUAUUA